UAUGCGAGGUGAUAAAUUCGUUUCGAAGAGUAUUAGUUUGAGCAAGAGAGUUCUUAGCACGAGUUAAAUAAUAUUUGUGUUGAAGAAUUAUUGGAAAAUUUACUAAAUAUUUUUGUGAAACUUGAUCGCAACCAACCAACGGAUUUUUACAAGAGAAAAAUUAUUUUUGAACUUUUCACGUAAUUAUUUUUAUUCUCAAGAUGACUCCUUCGUCCCGUUGGAUGUUUCUGGGGAUGUUGGCGUUGGCGAACAUCGCAUUGAGUGUCCCGCCUCCUCUCGUAACCGACGCAUGCUCCCUGAUCUGCAACCCCGGAGCGGAGACCGAAGAGGAUCGUUUGCGGGAUCCCAAAGUGUUCCCUAGAAUUCCCAAGGCGAGUUGUGCGGUCCAGUCCGGUGACGACAACGAUCAAGCGCGGAUCAUUAUGAGGCACUGUUUGAAAUUGUGCUCUUUCGAUCUGACAGUUGACUCCGUGGCUAACUGUGCUGCUAUGUUGUCGACCUUCGCCGCAGAAUUAGGAUGUUACUGUGAAGCUUUGUCACCUUUGAGUCCGAAUACUCAUCGCCUGGGUGAACAAUGGAGACUCGAUGCUUUGGUGGAAUAUUUAUCGCAAGAUCUCUUUACCAUGAUCCUCAAUUCAGAACUCGAUACUCUUAUUUUAUGCGAUAUCUUUAAUGAGCAGUUUAUGAAUCGAAAACAAGAUCUACAACCAGGACGUAUAAUUGAGUCAUGUAAGGCAAUUGAAAACCAAACACGUCAACUCCAUUCAAGCAGACAGAAACGAGAUACCUCACGCCAGGAAACUCUGAAGGAAGAUAUGCAGAAAGAUGAUCCAAAAAAAGAAGAUGAACAACCGGCAUUUGAUUUCUUAGUAGAUGAUGAGGAUAAUUUUGAGGAAAGUAUAGAUGAUUUAGAAAAAAGUAGUAAAGACGUUGCUUCGAAUACGGAAACCUUAUAUACAAGUCAAAACCCAGAUAAGAAACUUAAUCCUGGAGACGAAGUGUACGAUUAUGUGAAAAAUAAGAAGUUAGACCAGUCAGUAUUGAAAAAAUGUUCAGUAGUAGAUGUAGCGGACAGCUCUACUCCUGAAGAAACUACCUUAAAAGAAGCCGUAAAAAUGGAGAUCUCUAGGCAGAAAUCGGAACAAAAAGAAGAUUCUCCAUUCAAGAAGAAUUCCAACAGACACUAACCCACAUAACACGUAAAUUUGCUUAUUUUACAUAGAUCCAUAGUAAUUUAUUAGAUAAACAAAUAUGGCUGUAAUUAAAAGAAUUUAAGCAAAUUAUGCGAUCUAAAAUAUGCUUAAUUCUCAUUUAAUUAUAUAUUUGAUUUUUCUUUUGGCAAAAUUCAAGUAUUGUCGUUAAAUUAAAAAAUAAUUUUUAUAGUUUGAUUAUAUAGUACAGUAAUUCUUAUAAGCAAUACGAAGUAUUGAAUAAAUUGUUAUAUUUACCGGUUAUAAUAUUUUUUUAAUGCGUAAUAUUCAAAGUUGCAUAAUAUCAUUGUUAAGUCGAUAAAUCGCUUAGAGAUGCAUGCUAAAGGUAAAUUAUUUUGUUUUUAUUAUAAAAAACCUUGUUGUUUUUAUGUGUAAUUUUGUUACAUUACAUAUAUCUUUUUGUUAUUUGCGUUAUUACACUUAAGUUAGGUAACACUACAAUAUGAAAUAUCUGUUUAGAAGUAUAAUAUUAAAGCAAGAUGUUACAAAAAGCGUUAAACAAUAUUUUAACAACAAUACAUCGUAUUUUAGUGUGUUACAAAUAUAUAACAAAUAAUUAUACUAUAAAUAAUAUAAAAUAGUUUAUAAUGUCCAAGUAACCGAUUUAGACUUAAUAAUUCUACACAAAAAUCCGUUCACACGGUACAUAUUACAUUUUGCAUGGUGAAAAAAAAGAUAUUAUUUUAUAUUAUUAUAUUAAUUUGUGAAACUAAUUU